UUGAGCUAUCAGAAGGGGAGUCUUCUUCAGCAACAGCUGCAAAGGGAUCUGGCUUCUUUCCUCUCUGUUGAAUCUAAGAUUGCAGCGGUUGUUUCUUUCUUCUUUUCCCAGCCAUUACAAUUAUGUAGGACGUGACACUAAGAGCAAUAAAAACCCCAGAGCGGGGCUAGUUGUGUACUCACACCACCAGACUCUGCGCUGCCAGCUUCCCUAGCGCCAACUCUCCCUGAGGCGAUGCUGGGUGGCUGCAGCCACUUGCCUGCUCCCCCUGGGUGUUUGAUCUCCUCCUGCCUAAAUCUGUUGCGGGGGGAGGCCUGGCCGAGGCCGGGCUGGGGCCUGGCCUAAGCUGGGCGGCCGGGGCUCGCCGUUACCGCGGUAACGGUGCAGGCCAGCCCAGCAGCCCCCGCGCGGCCGGCCGCCAUCUUGAGGCAUGGCAGCCGCGGCGGCCGCCGGCCCGUUUCCAAGAUGGCCGCUCGCUCUUCACCGAGGACUUCCGUCCCCGCCGAGGCCCUCCGGCUCCCGGGAGCGGUUCUCCGGUGCGGUUCUCCCCUCAGCGCUCGCUAGCUGCCGCCCGCUCCUCGGAGGUUUCCAGGCAAAGCGGGACAGGCUGGCGGGUCAUGGCGCUGCUGUUGCUCCGGGGACGCUGCGGCUGCUGGCGGCUGCCCGCCCCGGCCUGGGCCCGCCUGCGGCCCGGUAGCGGCGCCCUCGGCGCGGGACGCGGCCUGCAGAGCCUUCUGUCACAAACGCUUUCCCCCACACGUCAAGGCCUCGGUGGAAUCCUGGUGAAGCAACACAUCAUUCGAGAUCCAGUCAGGCUUUGGAAUCUCUUAGGUAGCACUUACUAUUUUACUACUUCAAGUUCUCAGGGGAGUAACCAGAAGAAUGGAGGAUUCAAAAAGAAAUCUCCGCAGGAGGAGGAGGACCUGGCAUGGGAAGCUCUGGAGAUGCUGCCCGGGAGGGUGACAGUACCAGUGCUGCACCAUGGCUGUGGGGACAAGGGGGGUGAGGAUGAGGAAGGUGGCAAAGCCCUCUCCGAGGGUGGGAGCACCGACGUCUGCACGCACAGAGCCUCUUCAGAAGAGAGCCAGCGGCUCGGGGAGGUCCACGAUGGCCAGGAGGGAUGUCCCAAUGGGGCCGUGCUUCCAGUGACAGUUUUCUGGUAG